GCGCAACCCCCGCCCGCUCCCGUGACGCAGCACAGCUCCGUGCGCACAGAUGCUGGAGUGGAAGCGGCAUGCGCGCUCAUCUCGGUGGGACUGAACGCAUCGAAAACCGGAGACGGGAGAGAAGAUUGCCCGGUUUGCGUCCGUUAAUGAGCCUCAGACCGCGUGGAGCGAUGCUCAGAACGAGUCACUCCGCAGGCAGCAGGACUUAAAAAGCUGCGGUCCAUCCAUCUGGACACUUUUUACUCUCACCCCUUCCCCUUUGAUAAGAAAUAUAAGAAUCCAGACAGUCAUCUUCCAGUUUACAGUCCUCUUUGGGUCUCUAAUCCCAGUUUAAAGACCAGUCUCGGUUUUAGCACGAUGUGGAAGACCGGGAUCCUCCUGCUACUGUGGGUGUUUUUGGCGUCCGGCGAACUCCAACAAGAGACGGAGCCUCGGAGACUCCCACCCCCGGGAAAGUUGGAUUUCGGUUAUGUGCCUGCGGGAGUUUACGAGACUCUGGCCCAUUACGAACCGGGACCCAUAGGGAUCUUGUUCCAUAUGGUGCACGUUUUUCUGCAUGUCGUGCAACCCAACCCUUUCCCACAAGAUCUUAUUGUCAAACUGGCUAAAGACAAGUUUGGAGCCAUUCAGACUGAAUACCAAAAGGCCAUCUACUACGAGAUAGGCUUCCUAGUAUGUGCGGCAGUCGGCCUGCUGUUCGCCGUCUUGGUGCCGAUAGCCGGCCUCUUCUUCUGCAUGUGCCGCUGCUGUGACAACUGCGGUGGCGAGAUGCACCAACGCCAGAGGAAGAACGCAGACUGCCGGCGUGGCCUGCUGGGAACACUACUCUUUGCCACCUCACUGGUCAUCACGAUCGGAGUGCUGUGUGCAUAUGCUGCCAAUCAAAACCUGAGCUCUCAGGUGAAGAACAUACGGAGAUUGGUCAACAGCAACAUGAGGGACCUGCACACCUUCGCUAAUGAUACACCAAUGCAAAUUGAUUACCUAAUAUCCCAAUACGCCACAGCCAAGAACAAAGUCAUCUAUGACCUAGAUAAUAUAGGUCCAUUAUUAGGUGGAAGGAUACACGAUCAGUUGGAUAAGGAGGUCCAUCCUGCCUUGGACAGAGUGCUCAAUAUGGCUGGAGCCAUGCGAGAAACCAAGGAGGCCCUGGAGAACGUUAAUGCGGGCCUAGAGGUCCUGCAGGUAGGAACAGGGAAACUCAACUUCAACCUGAGCCUGGUCCGGACCAGUGUCAACCGCACCCUCAACGACCCGGGCUGUCAUGACGAGGAGUCAGACGCCACCUCUGCCCAGCUGUGCCGCAACAUACGCCAGUCUCUGUUCCAGCUGCAGAUCAGCGCCAAUUUCACACGGCUACCAUACGUGAAUGCUCAGCUGGAAAAGGUGAACCAUGUCAUGAAAACGGACCUCAGUGCUAUCGUCCAGAGGGGCUACUCUUCUUUAAACAACACACCACAUACGGUGAUUGAACAGACCAGAAGUGUUGUGGAGAGUGUACAGAGUUUGGUGGACGACAUUGGCAAAAACAUCAGCAGCUAUUCCAAGGUAUUCCCUGUGCAGAGUUCCCUGUCCAACCUCACUAUCUUCAUUAGCCAUGCCCAUGCCAAGAUUGAGGACUACUACCCUGAAAUUGACAGAAUGGACUUCUACAGGUGGAUUGGCUGUAUUGCUCUUUGCUGCAUGGUGGUCCUGGUCCUGGCCUUUAACUACCUGGGCCUGCUGUGUGGCACCCUGGGAUACGACAAGCACGCCUCACCUACGACACGAGGCUGCAUCUCCAACACAGGAGGAACGAUGCUCGUGGCCGGCGUUGGAUUUAGCAUCAUCUUCUCCUGGGUGCUGAUGGGAGUGGUGACCACCAUCUUCCUGGCUGGAGGAAACAUGGAGAAACUUGUUUGUGAUCCCUUCCACACCAAAGAAGUCUUCAAGGUUGUGGACACCCCAUAUCUGGUCAACCCAGAUUGGAGGAACUUCAUCCCUGGCUACAUGUACAACGACUCCGACCUAGAGCUGACGGCAGAGAGCUUGUACAGUACUUGCAAAGAGAAUAAAGGCAUCUACUCAGCCAUGCGUCUGGACAAAGUCUUCAACAUCUCCUUGUUCCUGAACACUACAGUGUUUACUAAGGAUGUGGUGAGUCAUCUGGACAGUGUUAAGAUCGAUCUCAGGGGAAUAAUCCUGUUAGAGACAGAGGGGAAGCAGAACCUUCUCGAUUUCUCUGAAGCAGGGCUGUCAGAAAUCAACUAUGCAGACUACCUGGAAGAGGUCAACAAAGGGGUCACUGUGAUUGACCUGCUCACAUUCGCCAGAGAGCUGGAGGCCCAGACAGACCUCAUGCCCAGAGGCGGUCUGCAGACUGCUCUGAAAGGCCACGUCGGUACUCUGCGGCAGAUUCACAGUCAACAGAUCAUCCCCAUGGAGCAGGCCAUGAGCGCGCUGAACCAGAGUAUAAGGUUCCUGGAAAGAACAGCCUCAGACCUGCCAAACAAAGUUUUAGCAGUUCUCGAUGCCAUUGAAGCUGCCCAGUUCCUCAUCUCCCAGAAUGCUACGCAUUUAAUCAAUCGGGAAACGGAAAAAUACACAGCGACCAUUGUUGGCUACUUCCAUCAAUACAUAGAGUGGGUCAAAACAUCUUUGGCAAUGGAUGUUGCACCGUGCAAGCCAUUCAGCAACAUGGUGGACACGGCAGAGAUCAUUGCUUGCAGUUUUUUGGUCGACUCCAUGAACGCAUUCUGGAUGGGUAUGGGCUGCAGCACUCUCUUCCUGCUCCCGAGCAUCAUUCUCGCAGUAAAACUAGCCAAGUACUACCGCAGGAUGGACACAGAGGAUGUUUACGAUGACAUUGAGACAAUUCCCAUGAAAACUAUGGAAAUUGGUAAUAAUGGUUAUCAUAGUGAGAGCUCACAAGGUAUCCCAAAUCCUAUGAUGACAAGCAUCCCUACCUAUGACACUAUGAACAGGUUCCCGCGGGCCUCGGCUCCUCCGAGGCACAUCGACUGGUGACAGAGAGCUGGCUCUUGUUCUUGCUCCUGAAAGGUAAUGAAAACCUUUGCAAGAGACCACUGUUUCUCUAACGCUGUUUCAUUUAACUUCUUCCUUCCAAUCUUGAAUCUCACUUUGCCACAGCUGUCAUCUGGUCCUGCUGUUUGUCUACCGUCGCCACACCGUCCAUCUCUCUCCUCCGUUUUAAUCUAAUUUCUUUGUACUUCUUAUGUAACCAAACUCUUUAACACUUCUUUACAGCUUGUUUUAGGGCUUUUCUGCUCAUAAUGACUUUGCAGGAAAACCAUCAAGGUGAGAAUUGCUAAUUUUGGAAUCACUAACGAACCAUAAAUGUCUUCACGGUAUUUAUGUCUGACUACUUGUGACUGCUUAGUCAGUGUGCUGUAGAGGAGAGAAGCUGAAUCUGCUUAUGUGCUUGUUUUCUUGUCAGUAUUUAGGGACAUAUACUUUUAAAGACAUAACAAAAUGUCAUUUUCUCCCAAACGAUAUACAGCAUUUUAGAAUAUAGCUUUUAAUAACUGGAGGGAGAUAUAUUAUUUUAGAGGACAGCAAGUUGUAUAGGACCAUAGAUUUUUCCAGUAGCAAAAAGCUCUAUACGGUCUUUGAAAACCCUCCAUGGAGUUUCACAAAAGAAUUAACUGACUGCACUCUUAUGCCUGUUAUUUCACAAAACAGACAGAGCUGCAUUAAUCUCCAGGGCCAUUCAAAAGAGAAAGUUUUGAAUUAUUCAUUUAAUAUUUUAUAACUCUAAUUCACUUUUCUCCAAUAUUUGCUUUCCCAGUGCCCUAGAAAACUAGAACUAAAAUACACCAUACUGUUCGUUUCACGAGCCCUUCGACCAGAAGAAGCUCAAUAAAAGCUAGUCUCCUACAACAGAAGAAGAACACACAAAACCCUUUGGAUGUUUUUUUUAUUUUUUAUCUUUAGCGAUCAACUCAACCUCCUCAACCAGGAAGAUUAAAGCCUCCUGCAGUUACCUGCUCCCCAUCCAAGAAACUCUGCCUGCAGGACAUCAAACUCUUCUCCUUACCUAAGCAUCAAUCUGAGCCAGGCUUGCUCUACUUCUUCUUUUUUUUUUUUGAGAAGGACUGCUGUGUCUGCGUUUACAUUUGUUCGGACACAAAACCAACAUGAAAAAUAUAUUAGUAACAGGACAUGACAAUAACUGUGAUGCCUGUUCAUAUUAAUGUACUUAUUUGUGCUUAAGAAGAAAGUGGCUGAAAGGUUAUCCGAAGGUCACGUUAAGCUGCUAGAGGAAACUUUUUCUUCUGCACAUAGAAUGGAUGUAUCACAUUCAACACAUUAAUACUAAAAGUGGAAAAGUAUGUCAUUACAUCUGCAAAGCAAAAAGUGCAAAUUAACAUGAAAUUCAAUGUGUUAUAAAGCACUGUUGGUUCGGUUGGCACAUCCUUUUUAACUGCAGCAUGUGUGAGUUGGUGGUUGUCAGUGUUCCUUAAUGACUGAGAAUGGGGUGAUUUGAACAAAGUGGUAAAAAUAUAGAAAGAGGAUGGUCCCAGGUGGAUUUGUGUGACUAAUAUAAAGAAAUUUAGCAUGACUUGUUGAAAAAUGUUUACAAUAUUACAAAACAUCCAGACAUCUUUGCUGGUUUUUGGGCGAAUUGCAAAUGACAGGUUGCCUUUCAGAAGUUUUUUUCACACUGGUUUUUGACAGUUAUGCUCCUUCUCAAAAGGUAAAAUCCACCAACCGAUGCUCUUACACUGUUAAAUUUGGUCACUAACACUAUACAUGGUGUUUAAAAUCUACUCUUUAUUUAAGCUUUUUUAGCAUACCCAUUUUCCCCUAACUGUGUAAUCUACUCUUGUGCCAGGUCUUCAUUUCCUACAUUUCCCAGAAUGCCUUUAAACAACUUUGAAAAUAAUAAUCAAAAUAAUUAUAGCCAUUAAGACGAAUGCAUGUUCAAAGCGUAACAUGGCUUGUUGCUGCAUUCGGAUUUAAUGUAAAUGUCCGGGGCUGAUAAUUUGUUUUAACAUUGAACAAACUGUUGGCACUAAAUCCUGACUAAAUUUUAAACUAGUACUUCUUUGCAAAGAUUGAUUUAUUUUUACGGUUUUUGACACCGUAAAAAAGAAAAAUCACAAAGAUUAGAGAAGUCGGACAACAACAUUGUAUUAUGCGCACGGAAAUUAGUUUUAACUUUUUCUUUCCUGUCUUGGGAAUCAUCUUUGGGACCCUUCAGAUUUAUCCUUGGAGCAUUUAGGGAGCCUCACCCACAGUUUGAGUACAUCUUCAUUGUAGCUCUGCUGGAAAAAUCUGACCACAACAUCCUGCCAUCAAGGUUUGGCCAUUAUUACCAACAAUACACCACAAAACAGCAAAAUCCAUCAACAAACGCAUCACCAAAUACAAUUUUACCUUUAAGUGUUGGAGGUGGAUUUUCCCUUAAGUCAAAGCAUAACUUCUUAAUAUAUCACACACUAUGACAAAAGUGUCAGGCUUAUAGCUUGUUCCCUAGCUGAUUUCAACUGAGUUCACUAACAUGAGAUUUUUACUGAGAUCUUUCUUGCUUUUCAUAGUGAUGAUAAGUUUAAAGUGGAGAAAUACUUUCUCAAGCCAAAUUUCUUUUUUACUGUAGGUCUCAGGUCUUUAGUGGUUUAUCAAUUAUGUGCUUAUUUCUUUCUGCUUUUUAAAACUCCACAGUAGCUAUGGAUACAUUGAAAGAAAAACUAUAUAGAACGAGUGAAUGUACUCAAGAGCUAUUUUUUAUUUUGUAUUAAAUGAUAUUGGCUGAGAAAUAUGCUGAACUCUCAUCACUAACGCAUUGGGCAAGCCAAUGCAGUUAUCCCACUCACCUCGCCUCAAUGUUUACAGGUUAGAUUUGCAGCGGCUGUCAGUAAUGACGGUGACACAUUAGACAAUCCAUUCAUGGGACAAUUCAAAUAGUAGAAAACCAGUAGAAUGCUAUACCGUUGAUGGUGUUGAUGCUCAUUGAAAAAAAAAAAAUGUCCAUCUUAACAUUAAAAGUCUGAAUUUUAUACAUUUAGCUGAUUGAAUACGCUAACCAUGCAUCACCAGAAUAAGCUAGCCUAGAGUAACUAUCUUACAGUACCAAAUGUCACUUUACAGCACUAAGAAAUAUGAUUUUACAUUUAAUCUAGUAAAAACAGAAAACUUUCAACCAGAUGAAAUAGAGUACAUUUCAACACUUUUACUGUAUUUUGUUGAUUUUAGGAAAGAGCUGAAACGAUUUUCAAAUAACUUUGUUGCUAGCUUUUUGAUCACCUACCACCUAAAGCCAACUGAUUAGCAUUAACAAAUACAGAAAAUAUUAAUAUUGUCUGUACAUUAUUCCUUUUUUAUAUAACAAUGUGUAAGUAAAUAAUUAAUUUCAUGAAUCAAAAGGAAUACAUUUCAUAAUUUUAGAUAAGUUUUGGCCAAACAAUUACCUAGGCUAGUUAGCUAGUAGCUACAAAGCUAGCUACCUUUCUUACAUAGCCUAUAGUAGCUCAUAUACUAGUAGUAUAUACGGUACUGUAUACUACAGUACACGUAGUAGUAGCAUAAAUAAGCAGUAUGCUGUACAUACUGUACCAGUGUUCUGGAUUCAAAACGGCAUUAGCGGACAGUUUCUUACUUGUUUCUUGUUAAGAUGGACAUUUUUUAAGUAUCUGUGUGCUCACUUCGACAGGACUAUCAUUCUUGUCUGCUAGCGUCUGGAUGUAACCCGUCUUGGGCAAAAAAAUAGAAUUUUACUAAGUGCUUAACAUUGAUAUCGUGUAUCUGAACCUUCAGGACGGAUACAGUGGUAACUGGUUUGAACUGCGAUGCUUCAAAGUUGGGCACUGAUGGAGCAACUGAAGAGGAACAUUUUUAUGUGGUGGUGAAAAGUGUAUAAAUUGUGAAUAAACUUUAAAAUUCAA